AAAAAAUGGAAAGCAAGCUAGGUUUUUCAAGAAAGUAGGGUUUCGUAUUAUAUAUUUUUUUCAAAGGGAAUUUCUUGUAAUGUGAUCAUGGAAGGAGGUGAUGAUCAUCUCCACCACCACCGCCGCCACCACCACCACCACCGCCCCAAUUUCCCCUUCCAAUUACUUGAAAAGAAGGAGGACGAAUCCACCAGCGCCGCCGCCUAUCCGUCGCUCGCCAUCUCCGCCACCGUCGCAACUUCAAACCCUUACUCCGGCGGCGCCGCCGCCGGAGACACCACUCCCCGAUCAAGCUCCUCCUCCGCCGUCCAGGCCGCUUACGCGGCGGAGCCGUCGAAAAAACCGCCGCCGAAGCGAACGUCGACGAAAGAUCGGCACACUAAAGUCGACGGCCGGGGGCGGCGCAUCCGUAUGCCGGCGCUCUGCGCCGCCAGGGUCUUCCAGCUCACUCGAGAGCUUGGGCAUAAGUCCGACGGCGAGACGAUCGAGUGGCUCCUCCAGCAGGCGGAGCCGGCGGUCAUCGCCGCCACCGGAACCGGCACGAUCCCCGCCAAUUUCACCUCCCUUAAUAUCUCCCUCCGGAGCUCCGGCUCGAGCAUGUCGGUGCCGUCGCAGCUCCGAUCCAGCUAUUUCAAUCCCAAUUACUCAAUUCCGCCGCGCCGGGGGCUUUUUCCGGGCAUCGGAUUGUCGCCGGAGAGUUCCUCCGCCACGCUAUUGAAUUUCCAGGCGGCGAAUUUAAACCCUAAUUUGAUUCAAGCGAAGCCGGAAAUUCGGGAGAGCUCCCUGGACUUAACUCCCGACGCCGCCGACGACAGCCUCGGCCGGAAGCGGAGGGCGGAGCAGGAGUUUCAGCCGUCGCAGCACCACCAGAUUGGAAACUACCUUCUCCAAUCGACCACCGGAGCUAUGCCGGCGAGCCACGCCUCAAUUCCGGCGAAUUUCUGGAUGGUCGCCAAUUCCAAUAACAAUCAGGUCAUGGCCGGCGCCGGCGCCGGCGAUCCAAUUUGGACAUUUCCGUCGGUUAAUCUCAACAACACCACCACAACCACCGCCGCCGCCGCCGCCGCUGCUUUGUAUCGAGGAAGUAUGUCCAGCGGUCUCCACUUCAUGAAUUUCCCGACCCCCGUCGCCCUGCUACCCAGUCAGCAAUUAAGCGUCGGCGGCGGCAACGGUCUGGGAGAAGGGCAAUUGGGAAUGCUUACAGCUGGAUUAAAUCCGUACCGAUCCGGCGGCGGAGUGCCGGAAUCUCCGGCGAGUGGUUCUCACGGCGGCGGCGGCGGCGGCGCCGCCGACGACGUCACCAGCCACCAUUCCUGAAUCCGCCAUGGAUUUCGGUAAAAAAAAGUUGUGUGUAAUUUGAUGUGUAAAACACACGUGAGGUUUGAUUAAUUUGUUCUAAAAUUGAGGUUUUUUUUUUUUUUUUUUUGCUUGAAGUUUGUCCUAAUCUUUUUUUUUUGAUUGUGUGAUAAUAUGGAGAGAUUAGGGUUUGAGGAAGACAAUAUUUAUUAAAAAUUGGGGAUGAUUUGGUUGGUCCCUAAUUUUGUGACAAGAAAAAAAAUGUUUAAUAUUUAUUUAUUUAUUUAUUAUCAUUUUGUGCAUUCUCAAUCCCAAUUAUUCCAUUCCCUUUGUUACAAAGCAAGAUUUGUAAUAAUUCUACGUAACACAUAUGAUCAUUUGUUCUAUGUAGUGUAAUAAAGAAUUCACUUUCA